CUCUCUCUAAGACCAACUUCACAAACGUCAAACGAGUUCGCUCUUCCUUUGUCCUUGGAAAGACAGAAAGAAGAAAAACUGUCGCGGCCACUUUGAUAAGUGAUGAGGAAGAACAAGAACAAGAACAAUUUGAUGAUCCUGAUAUUCUUCCUCGUUCAGUUCCAGAUUCUUCUGAGCUUCACUUUCUCUCUCACCCCCGACGGCCUCUCUCUCCUCUCUCUAAAAUCGGCCGUCGACCAAGACUCCGCCGGCUCGGCCUUCUCCGACUGGAACGAGGACGAAGCCACGCCCUGCCGCUGGUCCGGCAUUUCCUGCAUGAACAUCACCGGCUACCCCGAUCCACGCGUCGUCGGAAUCGCCAUCUCCGGCAAGAAUCUCCGCGGCUACAUCCCGUCGGAGCUCGGCACUCUCCUCUUUCUCCGGCGACUCAACCUCCACAGCAACAACUUCCACGGCUCCAUUCCUUCCCAGCUCUUCAACGCCACCUCUCUCCACAGCAUCUUCCUCUACGGUAACAACCUCUCCGGUCCUGUUCCCCCCUCGAUCUGCACCCUCCCGAGGAUCCAAAACCUCGAUCUCUCCAACAACUCGCUCUCCGGCGAAAUCCCCGGCGUGCUCAAGAAAUGCAAGCAGUUGCAGAGGCUGAUCCUCGCCAGGAACAAAAUCUCCGGAGAAAUUCCGACCGGAAUUUGGUCGGAUAUGGAGAAUCUGGUCCAGCUCGACCUCUCCUCAAACGAACUCAGCGGCCCGAUCCCCGACGACAUCGGCGACCUCAAAUCCCUCUCCGGAACACUAAACUUCUCCUCCAACCACCUCUCCGGGAAGCUCCCGAAGUCGCUCGGCGACUUACCGGUGACGGUGAGCUUCGAUCUCCGGCACAACAAUCUCAGCGGAAAGAUACCCGAAACGGGGUCGUUUUCGAACCAAGGCCCAACGGCUUUCCUCGAUAACCCUCUGCUAUGCGGCUUCCCUCUCCAAAAGCCGUGUCGGAACACGGCUCAGAGCUCCCCGGGAAGACCAAAUUCGGCCCGGGAAUCCAAUAAUGGGCCGCCCAAGAAGGGCCUGAGCCCAGGCGUGAUAAUUCUAAUCUCCUUCGCCGACGCGGCCGGGGUGGCUUUUAUCGGUCUGAUAAUCGUUUACAUUUACUGGAAGAAAAAGGACAAUGCCAAUGGAUGUAGCUGUACGGGGAAGAGGAAGUUCGGGGACAACGAGAAGACACAUUUGUGUUCGUGUCCUUGUGUUGGCAGUUUUGGGAACGAGGAUUCGGAAAUGGAGGAUCAUGACAAGGCCGAGAGCGGGAAAGGAGGCGGUGGUGGUGGGGAUUUGGUGGCAAUUGACAAAGGAUUUACGUUUGAGCUUGAUGAGCUGCUGAGAGCGUCUGCUUAUGUGUUGGGGAAGAGUGGGUUGGGGAUUGUGUACAAGGUUGUGUUGGGGAAUGGCGUGCCGGUGGCGGUAAGGCGCCUCGGCGAGGGCGGCGACCAGAGGUAUAAGGAGUUUGCGGCGGAGGUGCAGGCCAUUGGGAAGGUCAAACAUCCAAAUAUUGUCAAGCUUAGAGCCUACUAUUGGGCUCCCGAUGAGAAGCUUCUUAUUAGUGAUUUCGUUUCCAAUGGCAACUUGGGCACUGCUCUUCGUGGCAGAAAUGGUCAGCCAUCAACGAGCCUCUCAUGGGCUACGAGGCUGAGAAUCGCCAAGGGAACAGCCCGGGGAUUGGCGUACCUCCACGAGUGCAGCCCCAGAAAGUUUGUCCAUGGAGACAUCAAACCCUCCAACAUCCUCGUCGACAACGAAUUCCAACCCCACAUCUCCGAUUUCGGACUCAACAGACUCAUCAGCAUAACAGGCAACAACCCCUCCUCAGGAGGCUUCAUUGGCGGAGCUCUUCCUUACUUGCAGUCCGUCCAAACAGAGAAAACCAACAACUACCGAGCCCCCGAGGCUCGUGUUCCCGGCAGCAGGCCGACGCAAAAGUGGGACGUGUAUUCCUUUGGAGUCAUUUUGCUCGAAUUGCUCACCGGUAAGUCUCCAGAGCUCUCCCCGACGACGUCGACGUCGGUGGAGGUUCCUGACCUCGUGAGGUGGGUGCGGAAGGGAUUCGAGGAGGAAAACCCGCUUUCGGACAUGGUCGACCCAAUGUUGCUCCAGGAAGUGCAUGCAAAGAAGGAGGUGAUUGCGGCGUUUCAUGUGGCCCUGGCUUGUACCGAGGCAGACCCUGAGAUUCGGCCUCGGAUGAAAACCAUCUCGGAAAAUCUUGAAAGGAUUGGAACGUGAUAAUGAGAUGAGACUUUUAGAAUGGACUUAACGAGAACUUGUUCAAAAGUUUUCUUGGAUUUUCAAGAGGGCAGUACUUAGUCAGCAUUUUGCUUCAUGUUGAAUUGGACAUGGUUUUGGCAGCCGUUCGGGAUCUUCCUCGAGCUCAAUGAUAUUCAAGAUGAUCUUUUGAAAGGCCAACUUAUUAUUCCUGACCAACCUCCAUUUUUUUUUUCCUUCAAAAGUCUAGCAGUUUUUGGAUUAUUAUUUUGAUUAUACAUAUGUUCUUCCUCUUCUGUUACAAAUCAGAAGUGGCUUCAUUUUGUAAUUUAAAUUUUUAAUUCUGUGUACCACCAAUCUCGGAAGA